UAAGAUAUAAGUAGAAUGAAAUUGUCCUCUUAUUCAAUAAACAAGAAGAAUAGGCACGCCCAUUCUCUCUCUCUUGUAGGUAAAGGACAAAUGAUUACACCAUGGGAUGAUUCAUUCAUCUCAUGGACCCUUCCCAUUUUUCUCUCUCCAUUUUAUUUUGCUGGAUUCACGCUGCUGCUUUCUCUACUUCACUUAACUUUCACACAUUCCUUCUUCUUUGCCUGCCCAAGUUCAAUAAACAACAAGAAGAAGAAGAGCAUGUCUGAGGUGUGGUUUUCAGACUCAUCCAAGCUUUCAAGUCUUCUCCUUUAUUUCUCCUACUUCGUCUUCUUCUAUCCCUAUCUCUUUAAGCUCAUUUCCUUCCUUUCUCCUCUCUUCAUCACCACCUCUCUCCUCCUCCUACUCACUUUCCUCUUCACUCCUCAUUUCAACCUUAACUUCGUUUUCCUUGCUUACCAAUCUUAUGAAAGAGCCAAAGAUCAACUUUCCCAUCCCUUUUUGGAGGAGGAAGAGGAGUUCGAGGCAUUCAGAGUCAUUUUUGGAGCUGACGACCUUUAUGAUCACAUUGCACUAAAUUCACUUCCUCAAGAUGAAGAAAAGAGAGUGGUGGAAGUUGACCUUUAUGAUCAUAUUGCACUAAAUUCACUUCCUCAAGAUGAAGAAGAGAGAGUGGUGGAAGUUGUUACAGAGGACACUACUUAUGUCAAGCCUGCCUUGGAGAAUGAAGACAAGAUGAAACUAGAACUAGAAAGCUUCACCAAGGAAUUGGGCCAGCUUGUAGUCGGGAAAGUAGUACAAGACACGAAAGAAGAUGCAAAUUUGAGGAAGAGCCCUCCUCCAAUUUCCAAGGUAAAGGCCAUAUCUCAGAGAUUCGAAGCAAAACUAGAGAAUGGCGGAAGAGGAGGAGGAGGAUUCAGCCCGAGUCCACGCACACUGUCGAACCUCGGUAGCUGUGGCUCAAUUAGAAGAGACAAAGAGUGGAAGAGGACUCUAGCUUGCAAACUGUUCGAAGAACGCCACAACAAUUCCACCCAAGACAGAAAGGGUGAGGGGAUGGAUCUACUUUGGGAGACAUACGAUGCUGAAUCCACAAAACACAACCGAGGCAGUUCCAAGAAGAGUACUUGUCGCCCCAAUGUAAAGGAAGAGGAACAGGAUGAAGAAGAAGAUAUGGGAGGGGAGCAGCUUUGCUGCUUGCAGGCUUUGAAAUUCUCAGGGGGAAAGAUGAAUCUAGGGAUGAAGAAGCCAAGCCUUGUCAAGAUCUCCAAGGCCAUUAAAGGAAUCCGAUGGCUGCACCAUCUCACCGCCACCACCACAUCCACUAAAGGUAAAAAGGGACGCAUUUAAACUUUAAAGCUUGGGAUUUCUUCUUCUUUUUCUUUUGAUGAUCCUGAUGAGAUCUCUUUUUGAGCUUUGUCAUAUAGUAAAGUAAUACUGCUUUAUCUGAA